GAUGUACAAAAUUCUGCGUUCGUAUUCAAUUUUAUCCCCGCCGAAGUACGGCAAUUGUACAGUGGAGAAAGAAAUCAAACCACCUCUCAUUUCUCUGAUUGACAUAAAAUCUUUAUACAAAUCGAAGCAACCAAAUGAAUUACUCAAUAAAAUUAAAUUAACAUUAGAUAAUGCAAUCAAAAAUGCUAAUUGGAGUGUAUUUGAUUGUUUUGAACAUGAGUAUGAUUAUAGCAUGCCAGCAACGUUUGAUUGCAUCAUAUAUUUUAUUACUGGACGUAUUUGUCAGCAAUUGUUGACAUUUAUACAAUGUACAACAUGCAAGGAAGCAGUUACUGCAAAUACUAAUUUCAGUGCCAAACAAAAAUUCGGUGACGAGCUGUCAUGUAUUUUUGUGCAUUCAAAUAUAGGAUUUUUUAAUUUUAUAAAAAAAUUAGAGAAUCUAUUUGUACAGCAUUGCCACAAACUAGAUGUCGUAGAUGCUAUACUUAAUAGCAGCAUUGAAUCAAACAUAUUGAUGUUUUCUUGCGGAGACCAUAAACUGGAUAUAAUUUCAUAUAUUGUUUAUUAUUUUUUGGAAAUUAGAUUAUCAGAAUAUUGUAAACAAUUAAAUGAUAAUACAGAAAAUAACCAACACGUGAAAAAAAUAUCAAAAUAUUGUAAGACUUAGAAAUAUAAAUAAAGAUAUAAUUUA